AUGCCCGAAGUCAUUGACGACAAGUCGCAGCACUGCAUUCCGUUCCUCCUGGACCGGCUCAAGGAACACCAGUCUCGACAUGCAGAUCGGCCCGACGUGCCGCCUUUCUUCCUCGGUUUGAAUGGAGUCCAAGGUGCUGGCAAGACUGUCCUGGUCUCAGAGCUGCAAAAAGCGCUUCGCGCGCCGCCCUAUUCCCUGCCCACCGUGACUCUCUCUCUAGACGAUAUAUACCUCACCCACGCAGAUCAGGUCGCGCUCGCAAAAGCUCAUCCUGACAAUCCACUACUCCAACACCGAGGGCAGCCAUCGACUCACGAUCUGGCCCUCGGCGAAGACGUCUUUGCAUCUCUACGCGCGGGCAAACCCACUGCGAUCCCGCAGUACGACAAAUCCGCGUUUUCGGGGCAGGGUGAUCGUGUACCACAGUCUCAAUGGGAGGUUGUCAACCAAAACCAACAAAAUGACGAGAUACCCAUCAAAGUCGUGAUCUUUGAGGGAUGGUGUGUUGGGUUCCGGCCAUUGGAUGACAAUGAGCUGAAACGCAAGUGGAAUGAUGCAGUGCAGCAGCGGCAAGAAAAAGGGACAGGGUAUGAUGGACGCUUGGGACAUGUCAAGCUUGAAGAUGUACAGGCUAUCAACGAUGCGUUGAGGAGAUAUGACAAACUGACCGACGACGCCAAAAACACUCGUUUCGUCUACGACUGGCGCCAAGAGCAAGAAAGAACACUGCUUGCUACGAAAGGAAAAGGCAUGACGGAAGAACAAGUCAAUCAUUUUGUCGACGGCUAUUACCCCUCGUACGAGCUGUUCACUGAAACACUGAGAACGGGUGUUUUUGCCCCGGCAGUUGGUUCGGCAAAUACCAAGACUGCGGACUGGCACGGGAGGCAGCUUCGGCUUGUGGUGGACAAGAGUCGCCGAGUACAGGAAGUCUACCAUAUCUAG